CCGCCCCUCUGAGCGCUUCUUCCGGGUGGGGCCCCGGGCAGAGGCGAUGGCGCCCUGGGCGCUCCUCAGACCUGGGGUCCUGGUGCGGACCGGGCACACCGUGCUGACCUGGGGGAUCACGCUGGUGCUCUUCCUGCAUGAUACCGCACUGCGGCAGUGGGAAGAGCAGGGGGAGCUGCUCCUGCCCCUCACCUUCCUGCUCUUGGUACUGGGCUCCCUGCUGCUUUACCUGGCUGUGUCACUCAUGGACCCGGGAUACGUGAAUGUCCUGCCCCAGCCCCAGGAGGAGGCCAAGGAAGAGCAGACAGCCAUGGUUCCUCAGGCCAUCCCCCUUCGGCGCUGCAGAUACUGCAUGGUGCUGCAACCCCUGCGGGCCCGUCACUGCCGUGAGUGCCGUCGUUGUGUCCGCCGAUAUGACCACCACUGCCCCUGGAUGGAGAACUGCGUGGGGGAGCGCAAUCACCCACUCUUUGUGGCCUACCUGGCGCUGCAGCUGGUGGUGCUUCUGUGGGGCCUGUACCUGGCAUGGUGGGUUCCCCCCGCGCCCUGGGUCUGGCCUCCGCUUCUUCCGGCCUUGGGGGCUCUGGCUGCGGUCCAGUGGGCUCCUGUUUGCCACCUUCCUGCUGCUGUCGCUCUUCUCCCUAGUGGCCAGCCUGCUCUUGGCCUCGCACCUCUACCUGGUGGCCAGCAACACCACCACCUGGGAGUUCAUCUCCUCACACCGCAUCGCCUACCUCCGCCAGCGCCCCGGCAACCCCUUCGACCGCGGCCUGACCCGCAACUUGGCCCACUUCUUCUGUGGAUGGCCCUCGGGGUCCUGGGAGACCCUCUGGGCUGAGGAGGAGGAAGGCAGUAGCCAGGAUGUUUAGGGUUGCUAGAGGCCGGGCCACCAUCUUGUGCUUGAAAACCAGAGGGGCUGCACCCGGGGUCGUCAGCCCUCCGAGGGCCUGGGGCUCCUCACUCCUGCCCACUCCUCCCAGGCCUCAGAGUGGAGCUGAAGGACAGAACCCUGCCUCAAAGGCAGAAGAGGAGGAAGAGGACCCAUGGGGGGGCUCGGGCACAAAGGACCUGGGCUGCGGAGACUUCCACCCUCCCCGCCCCCCAAGCCAGGCUGCCUCCAAUGCACAGUUUUAUAAAUUUAAUAAUCCAUAAAGCAAGUCAAGUGUUCAAAAA